GGUAUAAAAUCACCCUAGUUAUGUUUUAGGGUUUUUAGGUUGCUGCUUGUGUUGUGUUGGAUCUAUUACCGCCCCAAAAUCUACUUCUCUCUAAGCCACCAUGACUGCUCAAACUCAAGAAGAGCUCCUUGCUCAGCAUCUCGAACAGCAGAAGAUCCACCACGAUGAGCCUGUAGUUGAGGAUGACGAUGAUGAGGAAGAUGAGGAUGAAGAUGAUGAUGAGGAAGAUGAUGACGUUGAAGGACUUGAAGGUGAUGCAUCUGGUAGGUCCAAACAGACCAGAAGUGAAAAGAAGAGCCGCAAGGCAAUGCUUAAACUUGGAAUGAAACCUGUUACUGGUGUCAGCCGUGUCACAGUCAAGAAGAGCAAGAAUAUCUUGUUCGUCAUCUCAAAGCCAGAUGUUUUCAAGAGCCCGACUUCUGACACCUACAUUAUUUUUGGAGAAGCUAAGAUUGAGGACUUGAGUUCGCAGCUCCAAACUCAGGCAGCAGAGCAGUUCAAGGCUCCUAACUUGAGCAAUGUUGGAGCCAAGCCAGAAUCCUCUGGCAUUGCUACGGAAGAGGAAGAUGUAGACGAGACUGGUGUUGAUCCCAAGGAUAUCGAGUUGGUCGUCACUCAAGCUGGUGUGCCAAGAUCAAGAGCUGUUAAAGCUCUCAAAGCUGCCAAUGGAGACAUUGUUGCUGCCAUUAUGGAGCUUACUAAUUAAUGCUCAGAAUUGGCAGUGUUUUAGAUUUUGGACUGUGGAGCAAUUUUUCUUUGUUGGUCAAAUUUUUUGCGCUUGUUCGGUUUGAAAUAGUGGUUAAUCUUUAUAUUUGCUUUGAUCUAUUUUCUGUGUAAUUGCACUCCAAAAAGAAAAAAACUAGACCUUUUCUUAAAAGCCCAUUUUUAAUGCCAAUGCAAGGAUAAUAGUAGUGUCAAUCA